GUGUGUGAGGUAGGUUGUCCAGAAAGUGUGUGAGUGCAGCCUGGAACACACACACCCACACACACUCGCUCCUCUCCGCUCCAGAACCCGCCGUCAUGGAUCUGGAACCGGCCGUGCUCAUUCCCGCGGUUCUUUUCACCUUCGUGGCUCUGGUUUUUGCUUCCUCGCUCCUCGGUAGGAAGACCGACUCCUCGUCCUCUUCAGGCGGGACCAAAAAGCCCAAAGUCGGCUACGGAGAUGAGGCUCCUCCGUCCAGAGCGCUGGGAGAACCGCUCCGGUCCCCGGGACCAGAGCCACCGGCUCCGGAGGAAAAGAACCGAGAGUCGGAGGUGAAGGCUGCUCCAGUGACCGCACCAGAACCCGUCUCAGUACAAGAACCAGAACCAGCACAGAAACCUAUUCCAGUACCAGAACCUGCUGCAGAACCAGAACCGCCACGGAAACCUAUUCCAGUACCAGAACCUGCUGCAGAACCAGAACCGCCACGGAAACCUAUUCCAGUACCAGAACCUGCUGCAGAACCAGAACCGCCACGGAAACCUAUUCCAGUACCAGAACCAGUACAAGAACCAGAACCUGCUGCAGAACUAGAACCGCCACGGAAACCUAUUCCAGUACCAGAACCAGUACAAGAACCAGAACCUGCUGCAGAACUAGAACCGCCACGGAAACCUAUUCCAGUACCAGAACCAGAACAUGCUGCAAAACCAGAACCAGCACCGGAACAUGUGAUGGUACUCAAACCUGUUACAAAGCCAGCUAAUCCAGAUAAAGCACUAGAACCGGCUCCAGAACCAGUUAAAGGUCCAGAAAAUGUCCCUGAAAAAGUAAUUGCGCCAGAACCUGACCCUGAACCAGUUCCAGAACCAUCAUUGGAGCCAGCUGUAGAAUCUGUACCUGAACCUGUUCUAGAGUCGGAUCCGGUUGCUGAUCCAGAACCAGAAGUAAUGUCCGAACCAGUACCUGAAGUGGUUCAACAGCAUGUGACCGAACCAGAACCAGAGAACGCUGACGAUUCUGCACCUGGACCAGUUCCUGAAUCACCCAAACCUGCUGAAGAGGUGUCCAAAGAACCAGAACCAGAGGUCGUCCUGGCCGAUGUGGCUGCAGCUGGCGAGGAGCUGAUGAAACCCGCCCAGCUGGAGACGCUGUUGAUGAAGGAGGUGAAGGAGGAGCAGAGGAUUGAGUUGACCCCUGACUUCACCUGUCUCUAGUCCACCUGAGCAGCCUAUGCUGGAGGGACCUGAUGGCUUCCCCUCAUCCUCUUAACCCCCCCACAGACCCCAGACCAGCUGGGUCUGAGGAGACUCUGUCCCUGAGGACUAAGACCUUCUUACUGGACUCCAGCUGGUUUUCUAAAAGCUCUGCAGAAUUAAAUUCAGGUCCAGAUUUUAAGAUCAAGAAUAAGGAGAACCCAACACGAGAGCCCAGAAACCUCUGGGUUCUGUGCAUCUGCUGGAGAACGAAGUUCUGGGGGUUUUAUCUUGUGAAGACUGGAUACAGCAGAAGUUCUGGAGGUUCUGAAAGUCUUCAGGUUGGGUUUGGACCUCUGUGGCUCUGCAGACAUCGGACUCAAGCUAACCGAACCAGCUGAUUCUGGUCCAGGAGCGCCCCCUACUGUCGGAACCAGACACUGUACUUUAACCGUUAGGGUCUUGGUUCUGACUGAGCUGACAAGGACUAACCUGGAGAGUCAGACACACUAACGCUAUCAGAGGUUUGCAGGUUCUGAAGGAAGUGACCCAGCAGGUGGUACAGAUGUUCAGAGGAACAGCUGGAUCAAUGAUGGCCAACUCCUCUGAUCAGCUGUUUGAUGUUUCCGGUUUGAUUUAGUGUCCUCUUCAUAUUAAAACCACCGCUUUGAUUCCAGAAUAAAGCUAAAACGGCAUUUGGAUCAGGGAAUUUCCUUCAUACUAAAGCAGGAUGAUGAUGCUGGAUUUUUAAUCUGGACUUUUAAAUAAAAUCUGGUUCCUCUCA